AUGUUGGUAGGUUCUACCAUUUUUGCGGAUAAGACAUUUACCCUGGUUGAGGCCCGAUAUUUGCUAUUGUUUAGAGAUCUACGUGGGCUUGGUUCAUACAGUUGGGCAUCAGCGGCACUGGCCACUCUUUAUCGCCACCUUGGGGAUGCAUCUAUGUUUAGUUGCAAGCAGCUCGGUGGAUAUCCUACUCUGCUACAGUGUUGGAUACAUGAGUACUUUCCUACUCUGGGAAGGAAAGGAGAAAACUGGCGGUCAGACAACCUAGGGCUUCCGAGGGCGAUGAGAUGGUUCUACAGACAGGGGGCCAUCAAGGUGGAUGCAUAUAGACCGAUAUUGGAUCAGCUGACACCUAUAGACGUCAUAUGGCGUCCAUUCGAGGAUCAUCGACCUCAUAGUGCUUUUAACGAGCUAUCUUUAUACAGAGGUUUCCUUGUUUGGGGUGAGAUACAUGUGUCGUACUUACCCGAUAGGUGUCUUCGCCAGUUUGGUAUUCGCCAGUAUAUCCCGCAUGCACCUCCUGCUGAUACGCUCAGCAACGAUGCGAUUGCUGUGGAGUGGAUUGGUUAUCACCAGAGCGUGGCAGAUGUGAUUAGAGGUACGGAGGCGGUGGGAUACCCUCAUGAGACGGUGGAUGGAUAUUUAGAGUGGUAUUACCGUGUGUCUCAUCCUCAGGUUGUGCCGCCCCCACCUAGUGAGCGUAGAGAGGUUCCAGUUCCUGUCUUUGAUGCAGGACCAGCUGAUCCAGAUUGGGCUCGUGCCUCCACACUGGUUCACCGUUAUCUCCGGCAGGUAGAGGCCGACGAGGAUGAUGUCGCGUAUGCUGACUUAUUUGAGGUGUUGCGCAUCGCCGAUGAGCAUUGA